UUGAGGAGCCGACGGUUCGAGCCCCCAUUUCUUCCUGGACAACAAGUCGUGAACCACCGAAAUUACAGUGAAGCCGAGAUUCAGCUUCAGCGCAAAUCCAAUCAUGGCCCCUUCGAACAGCCAGUGAUAACGGAUGCCGCAGGAUAUUACUUUGUUCUCAUCGUAUGAAUGUUGAUGUUUAGCCGCACCGAGCAUUCUGCUCUUUCACAUAACCCGCUGUAUCUGUUACAACUUGUUUCUCGGUUAUCCUGCUUAUUUCACGAAAAAAAAAUCUGAAGAGCUCCUCGUAUUUGCCUUGCCCAGCUAUUAUGUAUUG